AUGGAAAUCUGGUCCAACUCCAACAAACUGGAUCCAAAACACCUAGGACCCUUUGAGAUAACAGAGAAGAUUUCCAGCCACGCUUACUGGCUCAAACUUCCAGAAACUCUGAAAAUCCACAAUGUAUUCUGUGUAGGACUGCUGUCAAAGUUACACAAGUCACCUAGUAAGCCCCUUCCAGAUAGACCUCCCCCUGAAACAAUAGAGGGAGAAGAAGAAUACAAGGUAGAGCAAAUCAUUGACUCCAAGAGACAACAGGGUAAAUGGUUUUAUCUUAUAAAAUGGAAGGGUUAUGGUACAGAAGACAACUCCUGGGAACCAGAGGAGCUCCUGGAACAUAGCCAGGAUGAGAUCAAGCGCUUCAGCCAAGCAAGACUCAGAAAGGCUUGUGACACUGCCAAGAGCCUUUAA